GAGCCGUGCAGCAGCACUGUGGCUUCACAAUACACUCCUGUGUGUAUGAGCCUGAUGGGGGAAAAUGUUUUCUCGUUGCUUUUAUUGUGUAUUUGGGGAAUAUUCCGAGCAAUUAUAAACACGUGAGAAGUGCGCGUAAUUCGUUGUUUGAGGGCUGUUAGGAGGAGUUAAAAAACAUUAUUUCUGAAGUUUGUUCUGUUUUGUGUAUGUUUUGUUUUUUAGGUGAGGAAUGGUUUAAUAUGUCUUAAUUAUAGGGGAAUUCGCCUUUAUUAUCACUUUGCGUCCUAUUAUUGGACUAGUUAUAUCUGUUAUGAGAAUUUUAAUCGUUAUAAUUAAAAAUAAAAAUUCAGGUUGAAGUUAUCUACCUGUCUAUUGAUAAAAGAAUAAUUCAACUGUAUUUUCCCCCGUUUCGCUCACCACUAGUCACCGUACUGAACCAGUUGCCCCCGCUGACUGACAGCUCAGCUCCGAUUGACUUCCCCACCGAGGGACCAAUCAGCGGCGGCGGGGGGCGGGGCCUGGGCCAAAGCAGCUCCACCAAAUAUUAUUCCCAGUCGCGCUCCCUUGCAGUUACUUUCCAUCCAGGUUUCGGAGCAGCGCUGAGGCAUCAUCCCCUCCGUCUGUCUGCGGCCGUUUUGGGGACGGGAUCUGCAGGAGCGAGCCGCGGCACUUGUUGGGGACCUCUUAGUAUGAGAACUUCCAUCCCAGCUCCUUUGAUUUCUUUCAUUCUCAUAUUUGAUCAUUUGCUUCAUUUUGACCAUCCGACCUCAUUGUUUCGCCAUUUUUCUGCUGCUGUCACCCACAGUUUGUUGCUCACCACCACCAGCAGCAGCAGCACCAGCUGAGAGGAGAAUAUCUCACCAUUCCACCACCAGCCAUCUCUGUCCUCUUCUCCGCUGCAGAUCUGGAUUUUUUUGUUUGGCAAUGCUGGACUAGAACGCAGGGGGAUUUAUAUUUGUAUUGAUUUCCAUCCACUUUUUCUCUCUGAGGGAUGUAUUACAGCGGCGUGAAGUGUGCGCUCUGAACAGGGGAGAAUAUAAACCCACUGUCCGCUGAAUGAACCACUGCCGUGCGCCUUUGGUUUCUGGAGCAGGUCUCUCUUCUGGAGAUGCUCUGAUCGGGGCUCCGUGCGCACUGGAUCGGGAUUUAAACUGAAGAAAUUGUUUUCUGGAGCGCUUUAUUUUUUUGCGUGUGGACAUAUUUGGUUAUUCUGAAAAAGGAUUGUGCACCCCACCCGGAGGCGCGCAGCCGGCUAACCAUGGGGGACUCGAUGUGGAGAUAUUAUUUUGGAGUUUUGUUUAUUGCCUUCAAAGUGGACUUGUGCCGUGCGCUCAUCCUGGAGUCCAUCUACUGGAACACAACAAAUACCAAAUUCGUGCCAGGCCAAGGCGUGGUAUUGUACCCCCAGAUCGGGGAUAAGUUGGACAUUGUGUGCCCCCGUGUGGAUGGCGGGGUCAGCGAUGGCGUGGAAUACUACAAGGUAUACAUGGUGCCUAGGGAGCAGCUGGAGAGCUGCACCAUCACCAAGGCCGACACACCGCUCCUCAACUGUGUCAAACCCGACCAGGAUGUCAAGUUCACCCUCAAGUUCCAGGAGUUCAGUCCCAAUCUAUGGGGCCUGGAGUUCUUCAGAGGAAGGGACUACUACAUCAUCUCUACAUCUAACGGCACCAUGGAGGGCAUCGACAACCAGGAGGGGGGAGUGUGCAAGACCAAGUCCAUGAAGAUAAUCAUGAAAGUGGGACAAAAUCCCUCUGACCCUAUUUCACCCAAAGACAACCCCACCAGAGUACCCUACUCUCCCAAGCACUCAGACGGAAAGGACACCUACAACCCCAAUGAUGUGCUGGAGAAACCAGGUGUAGCACCCAGAGAAAGCAUCGACAAUGACAACGGCGGGAAGUCAUCCAGCGUCAUCGGCUCCGAGGUGGCAAUCUUUGUCGGCAUCGCUUCAGGCAGCGUCAUUUUCAUCAUCAUCAUCAUCAUGCUGGUCUUGCUGUUACUCAAGUACCGGCGGCGGCACCGCAAGCACUCGCCGCAGCAUGCUGCCACACUGUCUCUUAGCACCCUGGCCACGCCCAAACGGAGCGGAGGCGGUGGGAACAAUAACGGCUCGGAGCCCAGCGACAUCAUCAUCCCGCUCAGGACUGCUGACAGCGUCUUCUGCCCGCACUACGAGAAGGUCAGCGGCGACUACGGCCACCCGGUCUACAUAGUUCAGGAGAUGCCACCUCAGAGCCCGGCCAACAUCUAUUACAAGGUCUGAGGGGGACUCUUACGCGUAAAGAGACGAACUGGAACAAUCCCGGGCAGAGCGGGUUUUUAGUUUGGCGCGCCAGCACACCCGCGGUCACUCUCGCUCUUUCUCUCUCUCUCUCUGUCAACUCCUCCUCCUCAUCUCUGAUGUUUUGUCACUAUUUUUUUCUUUAUCAAAGUUUUGCUGAUACCUUGUUGCUCUGGUAUGGUCCCAGUCGGUGCGGACGGGAUGGGUGGAGGGCCGGAGAGGAGGCUGCCACUGCUGCUGCUCCCGGGGGCUUCUGGGAAAGAGAGAGGACGAUCUCUUGUUUCGCUGGUGUUGCUCCCUGUUUUGUUUUGUGCACCACAGCCAGCAUUUUGGGGGAGAGUGUUGUGGGAUCAGAAAGUUAGACAGAUGCACAGUUUUUUUUCUUUUUUGGAUGGGAUGGACAGACGUGAAGGUUUACUGGCAUGAAAUUUCGGCCUCACCUUUAGAGAGACUACUGCUUGGGAAAACAGAGGGAAAGAGACACAAAGCGAGUGAGGAGGAGACCUAAAGGAGCAUACGGGCUGACCAUGAACUCACAAAAUGGCGGCCCUUCCUUGAUGCUCACUAGCCAGAGAGACUCUGUGGAUUAACCAGUCGGACGAGGGAAAAGGAGAGCGAUCCUCGCAGUGAUCCUCUCCGGGACUUUCCUGACUGACUCACGGAGAUCACCCAUUCACCCUGCCACCCACAUGCUCACCAUCACAUACACACACCUUCACCCACACACACAGACACACCGUCUCACCAGUCAAUGUGAACUGUUUGGGCUGUGUGGAUUACACCAUUUCUCCUCAUUCCCACAUUCAGCAAAUCUUUCACAUGUUACUUGAAGGUUCUAAGGAAGAAAAAAAAAUCCCUUCUUUUGUACUGUCAGCAAUGACAAUGUUAAAUCUGAAAAGUUGACUUUGUUUCACAAAAUCAAGGAAACUGAUUGCCCUAAAAAAAUUAGGUAAUAAUGACUAUUAGUCUACAUUUAUUUUUACACCAUAUCUAACAGUUAUGUUUACUUAAAAUGUAGUUAUAAUUACUUAGUUUUGCAAAGUUGUUGCAACUUCGAAAAGGACAAAAACUUUUUCUUUGCCGUUCUCUUCUAACUGUGGCCUCAUUUGCAACAACUUAACAAAAUUAAGUAAAUACAGAUACAUUUUAAGUAAAAAUAACAAUAGGCUUAAGUAAAUAAAACAUAAAUUGAGAUUUAUAGUUAUAUUUACUUUACUUUUUCAAGUCAAUCAGUUUCCAAGAUUAUAAUGAGUAAGUUCAACUUGCCAGAUUUUACACUGAUGUGGUUUUCAUAUCCUGGCGUCAGUCAGUUCCUUUAGUGACAUGUCGUUCAAACACAAGUGACCCAAACAGUGGCUCGGAGUGGCGACAGCGUGAAAAGAAGGAGUGAGGGUUUUUAUUUUAUUUCAAUUUUGCGCCCUCUCGCAUGUCAGGUCUGCCCAGUUGACUCCUGGGAAGAGUGGAGGACUUUCAUAUACAUAGAGCAGCACUUUUAACCCCUUCUUGGUACCUCCACUCUUCGCAGAGAGAGACACAGUGAAAGCUCGAGAUGGGAGAGCAGCUGCAUCCCGUCAGAUUUCGUAGUGAGGGCUCGACUCAACUUCUCUAGAACCUGGGCUACUCACACGGGAAUGUGUCUGAGGCAAUAAGAAAUCCAAUUCGCCUUAUAGCCGUUUGUUUUUUUUUCCACAUCAGGAGAAGAAGAAGAGGCCCGAGAUGUAGUUGAGGUUAGCAUAGCUGGCUGAAACAGCUCUAGGUACUGUAAUGUUUACCCCUGGGGGUCCAAUGGUGAUUAAGGGUGCCCUAAGGGCCCAAAAUCAGCAUGACCGGUGCUCUCCUUUUCUUGUUUUUUAAAAAAAAGCACAGGGACAUCUUACAUUGUCACUGUCUCUCCAUUAGCAUUUCCAUAUUGUUAGUUUUUGAUUUACUUCUUUUUUUCUUUUUUUACAAAAUAGAUGUACAUUUAAAAAAAGGAAAUUACGACAAUUAAAAAAAAAAAGUAAUGAAAUAAAAAGCAGAAUUUAUUUAUGAUAGACACAUAGAGCACAGGUGUUGUCAGGCGGUAUGGAGAAGAAGUAAUGUUAAUAUAUUAUGGUAUAAGUGCACAUUAUGCAAUCUAGGUUUUUGAUUAUUUGAUAUCUCUCGACCCACUGAGUCCUGUAUUUUCAUGAGCUCUAGUCCACAGAGCUCGGUCCUAGAGAAAGAGGACCAGGGGAGGGCAGCCUGGGCCCUGGGCCCCCGAGGAGAGCAGAGGUAUCUGACCCUAAAUAGCUCGCAUUGGUGUACACAAGGGCAGAGUAGCUGUGUCUCCCACAUUCACUCAGUGUAGCAUCUCCCAAAGGAUUCUCAUCAGUGCCCCCGAUUCUCCUCCACCCUCCAUGUUCUUUGUGCAUGUGUGUAUGUGUGUGUGUGUGCGCACGUCUGUCUAAAUUUCAGUGACAUCUCAUUCAUGAAUAUCUUCGGCUUAAUCUCACGACUUAAGCUGUUUUCCCGGAGCAUGUUAUCAGCCAAUCAUCGUCAUAAAGAGCAUCAAAUUUCACCGAAAAGCCAAGCCUUGUAUGAUCUGAGGUUUGUGCCUCUAAGAGGCUACAAAAUCUGCAAAUAUGCAAUUCUUAUUUAUUUUUUUAAUCAAUUCUGAGAAAAAAAAAACACCUAUGGAAAAAGUGUUCUUAACCACUGAAAGAUGUAACAACAAACAAAUGACACAAAACUAGCAAAGUACGUCACACAAGCCUGCUGUUAGUUUUUUUAUUUUCCUGCAUUCUUUGUAGUAUUAUUUGAACCUUUUUUUUUCCCUGUUUUAACGACGUGCCGUAGUACAAGAGGUAAACUGUGAAAAAUGAAACCAUUAAAAAGCAUAUAUAUAUCACACCUGGACAGGUAUUUAGGAGAAAAAAAAGACACACAUCAAACAAAGAACUGGCUGUUUAGUUGCUGUCUGUCUGCGGCAGAAUAUGACAAUCUUAUUAGUUUCUUUGAAUCUGACGUCCUUUUCUUAGCUGCCGCUCAACUAACGCUCUCCCAACAUUGACCAGGGGGUUCGUUCAGACCUGGUGUGAAGUGUCGUAGCGAUGCUGUGAGAGUCUUAGUACAAAGGCUAGGAGAAGCACCUCAGGCUACUGUAAAAUGCCUUGCUCGUAUGGUCAGCCCUUGGUCACUUGACUCAGUAAUUUUGCACCGUACUUCUGUAGGUAAGAAACUGUAAAUACAUUAAUGUUUGUAUUGUAUAUGGAUCCUGGGUUGUUACAAUAGCCUUAUUCACCUUUUUAGGAAAGUAAAUGGAAAAAAAAAGUACAGAAAAAAUGGAAUACACUUCAGUAAAAACAGAGCAUACUACUUUUUUGGGAAAUAGCUUAUGUAAAUAUUGACCAGAACCCAAUAAAAACAUUUUUUAUAAACUCUUAAAGUAAGAUGUUUUGUAUAAAAUUUGAAUUUUUUGCUAUGUAUUUUAGCUAGCGCUCGAUGGAAAGCCCGUGUCCUCCCCACUCCCUCCCCUUUUGCACUGUUUCCAUGGUAAUUUGGUUUUUAAAAAAAAAGAGAGAAAAGUUGCCAAACCGACUGCUGCAUAUUUGUGCCAUAAGUGUGUACCAUAAAUAUUUAUUGAAUUAGUUUCUUUUUUUUCUUUUGGUCUGUUUAUGAUUUAACUUCAGUCCAGUUUGUAAGUAACACAGUAUUAUAUUUGCAUUGUUUGUUCGUCUCCCCCUGGUUUUCUUUAGUCAUGUCAUGGUUAGCGGCUGGCUGUAGCCCUGUUCUCCCCCUCCCUGCAGUAUGAGAUGGCCAGGCUGUGAAAAAUGGUUUUAACAUUCGAAAAUUUAAAACAAGUUCAAAGUGAGGAUAAAUGACACACAUUCCACCAGUCUGUUACAAACUGAAAAUGUUUUUCAAUAAAAUGUUUUUCCUAUGGA